CGCGUUGGCUGAGGCACUCUCGCGAGAAAAGCCGUGCAAGCCGGAAAAAUGGCGCUUCCCAGUCCCCGAGAGUCCAAGGCCCAGUCGGCGACAAGCGCUACCGAGUCUGACGGGGAGAUGGUGCUGCCCGGCUUCCCCGAUGCAGACAGCUUCGUGAAGUUUGCUCUUGGGGCAGUGGUGGCAGUCACCAAGGCAUCUGGGGGCCUACCACAGUUUGGUGAUGAGUAUGAUUUUUACCGAAGUUUUCCUGGCUUCCAGGCAUUUUGUGAAACACAGGGAGACAGGUUGCUUCAGUGCAUGAGUAGGGUAAUGCAGUACCAUGGAUGUCGAAGCAACAUUAAGGAUCAGAAUAAAGUGACUGAGCUGGAGGACAAGUUUGAUUUGCUAGUUGAUGCCAAUGAUGUUAUUCUGGAAAGAGUGGGCAUUUUACUGGAUGAAGCAUCAGGUGUGAAUAAGAAUCAACAACCUGUCCUCCCUGCAGGAUUGCAGGUCCCUAAAACCAUAGUGUCCAGCUGGAACCGGAAGGCAGGAGAAUAUAGCAAAAAAACAAAAUGUGAAACAUUCCGGCUGCUUCAUGCAAAAAACAUCGUCCGGCCUCAGCUUAAAUUCCGAGAGAAGGUUGACAAUUCCAACACGCCGUUCCUUCCUAAAAUCUUCAUCAAGCCCAAUGCUCAGAAACCCCUCCCUCAGGCACUCUCUAAAGAAAGGCGGGAGCGCCCACAGGACCGACCAGAGGACUUGGAUGUCCCCCCUGCCCUGGCAGAUUUCAUCCACCAGCAGAGAACCCAGCAGGUGGAGCAGGACAUGUUUGCACAUCCUUAUCAGUACGAACUAGAUCACUUCACUCCACCAGACUCAGUCCUUCAAAAGCCAGAGCCUCAGUUAUACAGACCUGUAGGAGAGACACCCUGCCACUUCGUGUCCUCGCUGGAUGAACUAGUGGAACUCAAUGAAAAGCUCCUGAAGUGUCAAGAAUUUGCUGUAGACUUGGAGCACCACUCUUACCGGAGCUUCCUAGGGCUCACCUGCCUGAUGCAGAUUUCCACCCGGACAGAAGACUUCAUCGUUGACACCCUGGAGCUUCGCAGUGACAUGUACAUUCUCAAUGAGAGCCUCACAGACCCAGCUAUUGUUAAGGUCUUCCACGGUGCCGAUUCAGACAUAGAAUGGCUACAGAAGGACUUUGGGUUGUACGUGGUGAACAUGUUUGAUACCCAUCAGGCAGCACGCCUUCUUAACCUGGGCAGGCACUCCCUCGACCAUCUGCUGAAGCUCUACUGCAACGUGGAAUCAAACAAGCAGUAUCAGCUGGCCGAUUGGAGAAUACGACCUCUGCCUGAGGAAAUGCUCAACUAUGCCCGAGACGACACUCAUUACCUGCUUUACAUCUAUGAUAAGAUGAGGCUGGAGCUGUGGGAGCGUGGCAACGAGCAGCCCACGCAGCUGCAGGUGGAGUGGCAGCGGAGCCGUGACAUCUGCCUCAAGAAAUUCAUCAAACCUAUCUUCACGGAUGAAUCUUACCUGGAACUGUAUAGAAAGCAAAAGAAACAUCUCAACACACAGCAACUAACGGCCUUUCAGCUGCUGUUUGCCUGGAGGGAUAAAACUGCUCGCAGGGAAGAUGAAAGUUAUGGAUAUGUCCUUCCAAACCAUAUGAUGCUAAAGAUAGCUGAGGAACUGCCCAAGGAACCUCAGGGCAUCAUAGCCUGCUGUAACCCUGUGCCACCUCUUGUACGGCAGCAGAUCAAUGAAAUGCAUCUUUUAAUUCAGCAGGCGCGAGAGAUGCCCCUGCUCAAGUCUGAAGUUGCAGCUGCAGUGAGGAAGGACGGGCCACCACCCAACCCUGAGAGAUUGGAGAAUGCUCUCUUCGGCCCCCACGACUGCUCCCACGCCCCGUCAGACGGCUGUCCUCUCAUUGCAACCAAUGGGCCUGUGCCGGUGCAGAAGCAGGAGGGCCUCCCCACUGCCCGAGAAGAAGAGGAGGCCCUGCCGGGCUCCGGAUGCCUUAUCGCUACCGCUGUCAUCACGUUAUUUAACGAACCUAGUGCUGAAGAAAAUGGAAAGGGUCCAUUAACAGUUGCACAGAAAAAAGCCCAGAACAUAAUGGAGUCCUUUGAAAAUCCAUUUCGGAUGUUUCUGCCUUCACUAGAAUCCCGGGCUCACGUCUCUCAGACAGCAAAGUUCGAUCCGUCUUCGAAAAUCUAUGAAAUCAGCAACCGUUGGAAGCUGGCAAGCCAGGUACAGGUACAAAAAGAAUGUAAAGAAACCGCCAAGAAGAAGGCAGCUGAGCACACAGCUGCCCGGGACCAGGCCAAGGAGGAGUGCGGAGCAGCAGCGGAGCAGGCCGUGUCCGUCCGCCAGCAGGCCGCCCUAGAGAACGCUGCCAAGAAGAGGGAACGAACAACAAGUGACCCGGGGACGACAGAACAGAAACAAGACAAGAAACGACUCAAAAUUUCCAAGAAGCUAAAAGACCCAGAUCCACCAGAAAAAGAUUUUACCCCAUAUGACUACAGCAAGUCGGAUUUCAAGGCUUUUGCUGGAGACAGCAAAUCCACACUUUCUUCCCAGUUUGACCCAAAUAAGCAGCCACCGUCUGGCAAGAAAUGCACUGCAGCCAAAAAAAUUAAACCGCCGAUGGGAAACAAAAGCAUGUCUUUUCCAACUGGAAAGUCAGACAGAGGUUUCAGGCACAAUUGGCCAAAGAGAUAGUGUUGGAAGAGACCCUUGGGACCCUCCCAUGGACUGGAAGCACCAAAUGGUGGUGCUGGUUUUGUACAGACUCAUUUUUAAACCAUUAAAAAUAAUUCUUACUGGAAGAAAGCUGGUUCCUGACUUUUCUUUUGCGGCCACCACGGCUCUGGCAGGAGAGAGCAGAUCUCAUCUUGUCCAGAUCGCCAUCGUCAGUGGCCUCGGGUAAGUGUGCCCUUGGGGUGUGGUUUCUGGAGAAAUCCAGAACUACCUCCAGGGGGGAAUGCAGGAGGCUGUCCUGUGACUCAGGAAAGGGAGGCCUGGAGCACAGCGCUCACCCGACUGUCCAUCCCGAGAGUUCUCACUUGUUCACACACCUUCGGAUCACAUGAAUGAAGCCAAAUGGUGGAAAGGACAUUCGGGAGGGACCGGUGGGUGCCUAGAACCAGCGGGGCUUCACGAGGGCCUGGUCUCUUCUCUGCUUCUUUCUCUCUCUCUUUUGUUUUUACACUUUUUUUCCCAAUUAUAAAAGUAAUAACAGGGCUUCCCUGGUGGCGCAGUGGUUGAGAGUCCGCCUGCCGAUGCAGGGGACACGGGUUCGUGCCCCGGUCCGGGAAGAUCCCACGUGCUGCGGAGCGGCUGGGCCCGUGAGCCAUGGCUGCUGAGCCUGCAUGUCCGGAGCCUGUGCUCCGCAACGGGAGAGGCCACAACAGUGAGAGGCCCGCGUACCGCAAAAAAAUAAUAAUAAUUAAAAGUAAUAACAUGUUUAUUGUAGGAAAUGAGGAAGACAUAGAUAAAUGCCAAGAGAAAAAUUAAAUCAUCUUUAAUUCUACCACACAGAGAUAACCUUUAACAUUUUGAUAGAAAGGCUUUUUACCAUGUAUAUCUUUUCUUCUUUAAUAAAUGCAUUUGCUUUUGGCUGUGUUGGGUCUUCAUUGCUGUGCGCGGGCUUUCUCUAGCUGCAGCAAGCGGGAGCUACUCUUCUUUGUGGUUCACGGGCUUCUCAUUGCGGUGGCUUCUCUUGUUGCAGAUCAUGGGCUCUAGGCACGCAGACUUCAGUAGUUGUGGCGUGCAGGCUCAGUAGUUGUGGUGCGUGGGCUCAGUAGUUGUGGCGUGUGGGCUCUAGAGCACAGGCUCAGUAGUUGUGGUGCACGGGCUUAGCUGCUCCGCGGCAUGUGGGAUCUUCCCGG